AUGGAGGAUGGACGGGGUCUGGACCUGAUUAAACUCACCACAGACAAACUCUCCACUGAUGCUGUGUCAGAAUCGGUGACAUGUUCCUCCUGUGGAGCCAUUUCAUUAUUCAUCGGAACCACCAGAGAUCAUUUCGAGGGAAAGAGGGUCGUUCAGCUGGAAUACGAAGCGUAUGUGCCCAUGGCGGAGUCGGAGAUGAGGAAAAUAUGCGCUGACGUGAGAAGAAGAUGGCCGACAGUCCGACACAUCUGCAUCCAUCACAGACUCGGCGUGGUUCCUGUUACCGAGGCCAGUGUGAUUAUCGGAGUCUCGUCACCUCACCGCAGUGACUCUCUGGAGGCCGUGAAGUACGGAAUAGAUGCUCUGAAAUCCACUGUCCCCAUCUGGAAAAAGGAGAUCUAUGAAUCGGAGGAGCCAUGCUGGAAAGAGAACAGCGAGUGUCUGUGGACAGGAAGUCGUGCCGAGAGAAAAACGACUUGACCUUUGGACUGUAACGAGCUCCAGGGCUUUUAUCUCUAAGCGGGGUCGUGAACCCACAGCUUGCGAGUGAGAUGUGGCUUUUUUCUUGUUUUAAUAUGACUCGGCAAUAUUCGAGCAAAUUACAAAAAUAUAUAUAUAUGUCUAUUUAAGAGAUGUUUCAAAUCUAAACAAAUAUACUGCCAGGCUCAGAACUAGAAAUGAAGCAUUUGUGGGAGGAAAAAAAGAUCAAAUGUAAAGCAAAAUGUAUAUAUUCUUCGCUCUUGUGUGCUGAUUUAAAGAAAUAAAACACGUGCAGAUAUUUUACUCAGCUGCCCCCUAGUGGUCAUUUUUUUUAACUAACUACAACCAAUAAAGUGGAAUCUCUAGGUUCACAUGAAAGCUUUUUUUUUUCUUUUCUUUUCUUUUCAAAUUAAAACAAAUAAAGCUUAAACUAAACUUCCAGGCAUGAAAGUUCUGAUAGGAUAAAUUAUCACAGUACAGUAAAACAUCUCAAGUAUUGAUACUGGAUGGAUGAUGGAAAAAAAAAAAGUUUAAUUAUUAGCAGUUUAUGUUCGGGCUUGUAAUUAAAAGAAAUGUUCUUUUCAUAAAUAUAAAUAUAAUAUAUAUUAAAUGAAUUCUUACACGUUUUAAUGUCAACUGUGAUUGAUCUCUUUAUGAAUACCUCAAAUGAUUAUU